UUUGACAAUUUGCAUUGUAAUCAUGGCGUCUGAACGUUAUAGUUUUUCUCUAACAACUUUUAGCCCUUCUGGGAAAUUGGUGCAAAUUGAAUAUGCUCUAGCAGCUGUGGCCGCCGGGGGAACUUCCGUCGGAAUAAAAGCAUCAAAUGGAGUCGUGAUUGCAACUGAAAACAAACACAAAAGUAUUUUGUAUGAUGAGCACAGUGUCAACAAAGUUGAGAUGAUUACGGGGCACAUUGGUAUGGUGUACUCGGGUAUGGGUCCUGAUUAUCGGCUGCUGGUGACGCAAGCACGUAAAAUGGCCCAGCAGUACUUCCUCAUGUACCGUGAACCCAUACCGACAGCACAACUAGUGCAGCGUGUUGCAACUGUAAUGCAGGAGUACACGCAAUCAGGAGGUGUCCGACCUUUUGGAGUAUCAUUAUUAAUCUGCGGCUGGGACAGCGAUCGCCCAUACCUGUUCCAAUGUGACCCCUCUGGAGCUUACUUUGCUUGGAAGGCCACUGCUAUGGGAAAGAAUUUCAACAAUGGGAAAACAUUUUUAGAAAAAAGAUAUACCGAGGAGCUGGAAUUAGAUGACGCUGUCCACACCGCGAUCUUAACACUGAAGGAAGGCUUUGAAGGUCAGAUGACAGCAGAUAAUAUAGAAGUAGGUAUCUGUGACUCGAAUGGGUUCCGCAGACUGGACCCCGCACACGUUAAGGACUAUCUGGCCAAUAUACCAUAAUGUUUUUGAAUAAAUAUUGCAUUUCUAUUUGU